UUCUUUAGUUUCAGAAUCAAAACAAUACAAAACAAAACCUUCAGAUAUCAUACGAUGUUAGUAACUUUAAUUGGAUAAACCAUUUCAAUAUUCUAUGCCAGGUAAGUAACACUCAGCAUAGAACUAUGAUUGCUUUUUUGUAUCAGUUGGAGGCAACAGAAAGGAAAAAGAGAUUUAUUGGAAAAAUGCUGGGGUAGUUCUUAGAGAUUGGACCUGGAGAUUUGAUGUCCUCAUGAUUCUCUUAGCCUCUUAUCUUUGCGUCUCUGGACAUCAAUUCAUUUUCCUAGGCUUUUCCAUGUAGUAGGGCUCAUGGCCCCCAAGAAGAAAAGGAAUUUUCCCCACCAGUUCCUCUUAGGAAAAUCCUGGAAAGGUGUCUGAUUGGCCCAUACUAGGUCACCCUCAUCGUGAGAUUAAUCACUGUGACCAGGAGGCCAGGAAACUCUAAUUGGUCAGAUCUGGAAUUGGGAUAUUAUGAUAAGCAAAUUUUCCAAAGGAAGGGGAUGCUAUCAGAAAUGUAGCUGCUGAGUGGACAGACACAAUGGCUGUCCACUGCCCUGCAGCACGAGUUACUGAAAGAUAGAACUAUAUGAUGACCUCAAAGUAAUGGACUACAAUUGGUAGCCUUUUUGACAUUCUCCACAGUACAUAAUAAGGUAUAGUUCCUCCAUAGCUGAUCUAUUAUCCUUGGGUUUCAUGACAUUAUAUAUAGCAUGUAAGAAAUACUAAUUUUUACAACUUGGUUUUUAUGGAUGGAAUUGUGUCCCCAAAAAGACAUGUUCAAGUCUUAACCUCUGGUCCUGUGAAUGUGACUUUAUUUGAAAACAGGGUCUUUGAAGAUAUUUGUUAAGAUAACACUAAACUGUGUUAGGGUUAGGGUCACUUAUUUGAUUCGUGUCCUCAUAAUAAGGGGAGAAUUGGGCACAACUGAUUAGACUAUAGGGGGAGAACACCACAUGACGACUGAAGCAGAAAUUGAAACCCAAGGAUUGGUGGCAACCCUCCAGAUCCUAGGAAGAGACAAAGAACAAUUCUUCCCUUCAGAUUUUGGACCUCUAGCCUCCAGAACGGGUUACUAGGAAUGUAAACAAGAAUAGGCCAUUUGUUUCCUGAUGGCCUUUAGUAUACACUGACAUAUCGUUUGUGAUGGCAUCUGAGACUGAAAAGACCCACGCUUUGCUCCAAUCUUGUAGCACUGAGUCUCUUAUUUCCAGCCUUGGUCUGGGGAUAUUUUGCCUAGUAGCUGACAGACUUCUUCGGUUUUCCAUAAUUCAGCAAAAUGAUUGGCUUCGUGCUCUCUCAGAUAAUUCAGUGCAUUGUGUGAUUGGCAUGUGGUCUUGGGCAAUAGUCACUGGAGUCAAGAAGAAAACUGACUUUGGAGAAAUUCUUUUAGCUGGAAUUUUAGCCUCCAUUAUUGAUGUAGACCACUUUCUUCUAGCUGGAUCUUUGUCUUUAAAGGCUGCUUUGACUCUUCCACGAAGACCUUUCCUUCACUGCUCCACUGUGAUACCCACUGUGGUUCUGACCCUGAAGUUGACUAUGCACCUUUUCAAGCUCAAAGACUCAUGGUGCUUUCUUCCCUGGAUGCUAUUUAUAUCUUGGACCUCACAUCAUAUCCGAGAUGGAAUUCGUCAUGGCCUGUGGAUAUGCCCAUUUGGAAAAACUUCUCCUUUGCCAUUCUGGCUUUAUGUAAUAAUGACAUCAUCUUUACCUCAUAUCUGUUCAUUUGUUAUGUACUUAACAGGGACCAGACAAAUGAUGUCUUCAAAACAUGGAAUCCGUAUUGAUGUCUGAGGUAAGCUUAUGGCAGUUUUAGAGAAGCAAAUGGUUCAGAGACUAUAAUUAAGUAGCCAACAGUAAAGGGAUUUUUUUAAAACACUGUUAUUCACUCAUUUUGCCAAAAUAUUUUAAUUCCUGAAUCCUGUUACUCAGGAAACACAAUUUACAUAUAUACAUGUAUUUGUUGUAAUUCUAUUUCUUUCAUCUGUAACACCCUAGUACAACGUUAGGGUUUCAUUUAUUCCACGUUAUGUUUUUCAUAGCCUGUUCUGUUUAUCUGGCUUUAUUAGUAGCUCUAAUCUGUUAGAUCAAUAUCCAGGUAAGUUUUCUGGAAGUAUACCAUAAGUUAAUCUUUUGGAAAACGGCUCAAAUUUUAGGAUGACUAAUUUGUGGAAAGUUAACAUUACAUUUGGAUCCACAUUUUCCUGAGAUACUGAACAGUGAAAUGACCAAAAUAAAAGAGAUCAUGAAUAAGAUUUAUAGUGAAUGCAAACAUUUAUUUCAUAUUUGUUGAUCCUGACUGAAAUUUAAUUUGCAAAGUGCUUUAGUGAGUUGUGAUUACUGGUAGCAUCUGCUUCAGAGCACUUGUGACAAAUCAUUAUAAGAUAUAUAAAAGACAGUAACUAACAUUAAAUCUAGAUAAUUUAGGAAAUUCAGUUGUGAUACAUUGGGUAUAAAAACUUCUUACUAAAGUAUUAUUUUUUUUACUGUCUUUGCCCUCAAAUCUCAUGUGGUCAAGUUUUAUUUGUUUUGAAAAAUACAACUGAAAGUCAACAAAAAGUUACUUAACAUAGUUAACAAAAUAUUGAUACUUGGAUCAUAACCAUUGAAUGUGAAUCACACAAUGUAAUGUAGUUUCAAAUGAAAACUCCUAAAUGUGCCACUAAAAUUGUUUAUUUUUUAUUUAUUUGUCUACAUACUAUUCAAUAUAUUAUUCCAGUUAAAUCAUUUUUUAAAAUUUUGCCUACUGAGUUUCAUUUUUUUUCAAAAUAAAGUAGGUUAGUUGCUAUAAAUUCUACAUUUGCAGUUUUAUGUUACUUUAAUGUUUAAAGGCAAUGUCCCCUAAGUACCUACUUUUCUUUAUGGCAUAUGUAACACCUACUGUCUUCAUCUUUUCUUAGAGGUUUGUGAUUUGCAAGGCUAGUGAUUGUGUGCCUUAUUCUCUGAGAAACAGUGAAUGACUCAUAAAGCAAUGCCUUACCCAAAGCAGAUUUUCUUGUAUGAUAUUAAGUUAAACAGAGCUCAAUAAAAUGUUGUGAGAAUUCAAGCUCUUAAGUUGGAGAAGCACCUUUUUUUCUUGUUAACAAAUUGGUUGCAAUCUAGUAAAUUUUACAAUCUAUUAGCUCCUACGAAGUGUUAUCGUUCAAGAGCAAUUAUUUUAUCAAUGUAGUUGGCAUAAUAAUAAAUAUUAUACAGUGGGGAUAAAGUUGAUUAAGGUCAAGAUUUUUAAAAAGCAUCUGAUUUCAGAAAUUCAUGGAAAUAUAUCUCUUUUGCAACUCUUUCUGACUAAAUUAUAAAACCCUUUCUACUUUUUCUUUCUGUAUUAAAUGCAGGACCUUAUUUAAGAAUAUCACAUUGGUAUUUGGAGGGUUGUCCUAACUUUCCUUUAUUAGAAUGGGAAUUUGCUUUAGCCAUGACUCCUUGCUUAAACAAUUUCUGCAGAUUUUUAGUUUAUCUAUGUCUUCCUCUAUCAUCAGAAAUGUUCCUUUCCUCUAAAUGAGCACUGAAAGAUGUGGUUGUAACCUCUAGAAAACCAGCACCCCACUUACCAUGCUUUCAUUCUGUUUCUGCUACUAGCAAAAGUGUUGUGUCAUUACAGCAUUAUAUUUGAAAGUUACACUGCAUCUUGUCUACAUGUAUGUCUUUUUCUCUAUCCUCUAGACUUCCUUAGUUCACUUAGUAUUUCUCUCUUGGUCAUUUCACUGAUCCAAUAUCCCAGUCUGUUGUCACCUUGAGCCAUGUUCUUCAUGCCAGCUACCCUGGAAAACUUCCACCACUGAACUAUUUUUUACUGAAACCCAAGCCUGGCCGUUGUUAGUGGUGUGCUAAGAACCCCUAUUAUGUAUGGGGUAAAAACUCCCAUUCAUCUCUCUUCCUUACUAUAACUUCUACCUUUCUCCUAAGCAACCACUCAGCCACUCUCCUCCCGAUCCACAGACAGAUACCCCACAACUCCUUUUUCUUUUGGCUGAUGGAACACUUGCUCAGUUUUUCCCAUCUUCCCAACUCUAAGAGAGAGGAAGAGGGGUUAUCCUUGCUCCCUAACUUCACAGCUAAAUUGUUUAUCCAUUAUAGUGCUCGGCGUUUUGUCAUUUGAAAUCUCAUUAUAUUGCUUGCCCCAAAGCCUUCUCAACCUCACAUUUACCCCUUAAGACUCACUUUUACCUUCUUUGAUAAUAUGAGCACCUUUGGAUCCUUUUUUCCCUUUUAUUCCGACUCUAAGUUACUAGAUGACCGUCUGGAAUCUGGACUUAAAUAUUCCUGUCUUUCUCUAUACCGUUGAUUCAUUGCCAUAUGACAUCAGCCACCCACGAGUCUAACAGGCCUCUGUACCUCGUUUGGUGGCACUGCUCAUCUCCGAGUUCUCACACUUUGUUUCCUUUCUCUAGGCUAGUAGUUCUCAAACUCUAGUGUUCAUUGGAAUCACUUGGAGGACUUGCUAGAACUGAAUUGCUUGGGCCCCACCCCCAGACUCCUGAUUCAAUAGGUCUGGGGUGGGACCUGAGAAUAUACAUUUCUGACAAGUUCCCAGAUGAGACUGAUGCUGCUGUUCACUGCUCUAGACCCAUCCUGCUUCUUUAACUUCAUUUUCCUCCCUUCCCUUCCCUUCAUUGAAUCUACUCUUUGCCGUGUCCAUAUCUUCAGUUUUUCUUAACCUUCCCUCCUACCAGGCCCAUCAGCCCUCUGCUGUGUACCUUUAACCCUGUCCUUGCCCUACCUGUACAGUGCUGUAAGCUACUAUAUGCUAUUUCAACACCAGGUUUCCUUGGGUAUCAUCCAAUUAGCCAAUCCAGAAUAAUCUAAAUAGUCUGCUUUCCCCGUUUAGGCCACAUGUUUUUGAAGAAGUUGUGGAAAUGGGUACUUAAUAAUACUUUGCUCGCUUCUGCAAAAUUUUUUUUCAUAUUAUCAUUCUGGACAAGCCAAGCCUCAGAAUGUCUGCCAUGCAGCAGUUAUCUGAUAAUGGAAACCCAAGGACUAGGGUAGGCCCUUUAAGCAGUAAUGCUUCAUGAACCCAUUCUGUUGCCCCAGCUAACAGAGCAGAGGAGUAGGCCAAAGUGACCCAGUGUUGCCAAAUUGUAGCAGGUUUAGACUUAGAAGAUGGCCAGGUACAGGAGCUUUGACCAACAGGGCUGGUCUCUAAGAGAAGAGAAAGUAGACAACUGGGGCUCAGAACAUGCAGAACUGCUAAAGGGUUAUAUUUUCAACUUGUACUAAAUCCCAGGGUACCUUGAGUCAGGCCUAUGGAAAUUCAGUGGAGUAUAAACUUUUUACUAAGAAUUUCAGUUGAUGGACUUUGCAUUUCUCAGAGUUACAGAAUGAUAAAACUGAAGAAGAUUGUAUGAGUUCAUUUGAUCCUGUGCUCUGCUUUCAAAUUGGACAUGCCCAAUGAUUAUCAAGCCUAUUUUUACAAAUUUCAAGAGAAGUUCAAAUUCUUUAUAAUUUUUACAGUCUGUUCCAAAAAGGAUAGCACAUGUAUUUUAUUUCACAUUAUCUGUAUGCAUAAAGUCUGCAUAUAAAAAGUCUAGUAUGGUAUUACAAGGCUAUAAAGUCUACUGAUCCCUUGCACAAUUUUAUGCAACUAGUCAAACAUCAGGAUGAUGGGGUAGGUGACAUACUCAAACCUCUGGGUGUGAAAUUCUGUAAAAAUCUUCAGAUAGAAGUGUACCAUAUUUUAAAUGCCAUGGCCUCCUAAACAUGGAAAAUAAUAUAUAUUGCUUUGUAUUUUAAAUUCUCCCUUAAAGGCAAACUUGGCAUAUAGCAAUCUAUUUCCUAUAAUUACACCAGAUUAAUGAGGCAAUAAAAUGUAAAAAUUUUAAUGAGUCUAUAUAAUUAGUCUACAAAUUAGAAAUAAGCAAAGUUUUUGGAUUUAUGGGGGUAGACAAGACUGUUCCUCCUUGACAGCUGGUUUGGUGCAGUGAUGAGUUGUUUAGCGACAGUGAGCAAGCACUUUUGAGAAUCAUUCUGGAUCAUUCCCUGAUGUCUAUGGCUGGAUCAUCCUGGAAAUGUACAGGACUGAAAACAGUUGUACUUACUUCCCUGCUGCAUCAUUUGGCAUGCAGUGUCCAUUGCUUUGUAUGUUUUGCACUCUCUUCUAGGUGUCGUUACACUGGGCAGCUAAAGAAGAAUUUAAUGAAAUUUUUCCAGCAUGCCAGAACAUCCAGCAAAGCUCCGUCUGUCAUUUUAUAUGAUCCCUGAUAUACUGACUGCAAAAUACAAUAUGUUAACUGCUGGUCAAAUAACAUAUCUGCCAAAUGUACAGAUAGAUUUUAUCGUGUUUGCCUAUGAUUUCUCCUCGAGAUCCAAAUCAGGAUCUUACAAAAAAGAAAUUGUUGAACUGAAUUUCACUGGUAAAGUUCUAGAGUGAGAGCCCUUAUGGAAUUUCUUUUCUUAAUUGCUAAUUUCCUCAUCUCAUUAAGUGACUCACCAAAGCAAAAUCGUACCAUCACGGGACCUCAGAGUAAUCUAAUUAUCCUUUUGCCUUGAGCCAGGAUAGCUUAUAAACUACUCCACAUCAUGAGUAUUCUUAGCCUUAGAAUCUCCUGAGAGAAACUGUAUUCUGUUUCUCCUUAUAAACUCUUGUGGUGUUUUUAAUAUCUCUGUUUCAUGUGAUGAAAGACAUGUUGAAUUUAAUUCUCAUGGAGUUUGUAAAAGUGGUGAGAGAUUGACUUUGAUCUGGUUUCAUUAUGAAUUUAUAGAUCUUAGUUAUUGGGGUACUUGUUAUUUCUCUGUUACAUUAAUAAAUGCUUGUAUCUGAUUGUUGCUCAUUAUUUCAAGUACUGUAAUAGUUGUAAGUUAUAGAAAUAAUUGUCUACUGUAAAUACCAAGGAAUUCAAUCUGAUUAAAAUGUAACAUAAAACA